AUGCCUACUCUGACCUUUUUGGCUGCUAAGUUCUGUAGGGGACUUAGCGAGGAGAUAGUUGUGCCUCUUGCUGGAGCGGCUUCUAGAGACUUCGAGACACUGAUGCAGCAGUGUCGGGACAUCGUGGAUGUCUGUUUGACGAGUAAGGCCAAGCGGGCCAAGAUUGCUGAGACGAAGGGAACGAGCAGUUCCAUUUCCUGGAAGGACAUGAAGUUUGCAGGAAAGGGAAAAGGAAAGCAGUUUGCGGCUAGGCAGGCGCCUGGUCAGUUCACGAGAACUUCUUCGCAGCAGGGGGUUUUGUUAGACCUCUUUCCACUCCUAGAUGUUCGGGAUGCGAAAAAAAGCAUGCAGGAUGUUGUGCUACCAAAAAUUGUUUGGCAUUCGGAUGUCAAUAAGGAGUUUCAAGAUUUGAAGGUGACUUCCUUGUUUGAGGAUGCACUUCUCGAAAUUGAGACUAUGAGAGUCGAGAAUGAGCUUUUGGAGAAGAACCAGGAUGAUUGUCAAGUCUGCCCAUUUUCUUCCAGUAAAGGUAAGCUUCUCGUCAAAGCAGUUAGCCAAACUAUCGUUCGCGAGAUCGUGAUGCUUCACGGGAUGCCUGAGAGUAUCAUCAGUGAUAGGGACCCGAAGUUCACAUCUCGGUCCGGGGAGGCGCUGCAGAGAGCUUUUGGGACUCAGUUGCUACUGGAGCCCUAUGCGGAGCCUGCUGAUGAUCGCGAUACUAUAAAUCUCCGGCUAAAUGCUUUCCGCAAGCAUAAGCCACUUUAUUUCGAUGGGGCGCUUGAUCCUAUUGCUGCUGCGAGAUGGCUGCAGGCAUUGGAGAAGAUCUUCCGGGUUAUGCAGUGUACUAACCCGCAGAAGCUAAUGUUCGCCACGUACAUGCUUGAGGGAGAUACACACGAGUGGUGGAUGAAUACCUCUCAGGCUUAUGAGGUGCAGGGUGUACGUGAACUAAGGUACGUCACUAUGUGA